AGAGUACAUGUAAAAUAUAUUUUCUGGCCUGCUUGAUCUUUUUCAUUGUUUUUUAUGAGAAUUGCUAUCGGGUUCAAAAAAAAGACAGUUAUAAAAUUUUCAAUAAAUUUGAGUAAAAAACUUAGGAAGAAUGGAAGUAAAAGUUACUGUCUUAACACCAAAUGGCAGAAGACAAAAUAUUAAAGUCACACCCAAUACCACAUUAUUGCAGAUUUUGGAAGAGGCUUGCCAAAAACAUGGUUUUGUCAGUGAUGAAUAUUGCCUGAAGCAUCAUAACAAAGAGGUUUCAUUAUCUCAGAUGAUUCGGUUUAGUGGUUUGCCCAAUAAUUGUUUACUGGAAAUGUCCCAAACUAAUCGGAAACGCAUAGCUGCAACCGUUGACAUAUGCAUUCAAUUAGAAGACGGUAAUCGUCAUCAAGCCCAAUUUAAACCCGAAGAUAAUUUAUGGCAAGUUGUCGUGAAAUUGGGUGAUGGCUACAUACAGAGUUACGAAAAUCCGGUGGUAAUUUAUACGCGUCAAGAAAUUAUUGGUAAGCAGCAAAUGUCUGAAACUACAUUAAAAUCUUUGGGCAUUAUUGAAGGUAGAGCCUUGUUGCGUUUAUUAAAUAAGACACCUGAAGAAUUAAAAACGCAAGCUAACGUCUACAUACCACCGGCUGAAAAAAACGCACCAAAGAAAACUAAUGGGUCAGAAAAACCAAAAAGUACUAAUGCUGAUGCAGGCGGUGGUGGGUUUUCUAUUACUAGGAGUUUGAUGCAAACUCUGAAAAAAUCGAGUGAUCAAAAAAAUAUUGGAAUAGAAACGCGGGCAAGUUAUAGUGACGACCAACAACAAAACCCGGAAAAGCUUAAAUAUGAUUGGAGCUCAGGAGUGGGACGUUCCAUGCAGCCUUUACAAGUUCAAAUUGGUUCUAAUAACAAUGAAAGCGAGACAGAAGAGAAAGACGAACCUACUUAUCAUAUUAUCGGUGAACGUUGCGCUAUUAUUUAUUCUUUGAAUGAGAUUCAUACGCACGUAGAAGAUUUGCCCGAUUCUUUUUAUGAUUUGACCGUAAAUGAUUUGAAACUUGUCUUACGUGAUUUAAAAAAUAUUGCUGCCGGGAAUGAAGAUGCGCCUUUAGUGACCGAAAGGUUGCGCGAAUUACGUGACAAUCGAACAAUGUUAAAUAAAAUAUCCCAAUAUAAAAACUGUAUUAUACGUAUUAAGUUUCCGGAUCGCUACGUUCUUCAAGGAAUGUUCAAACCAGUAGAUAAAAUCUCGGAUGUUAUAGAAUUUGUAAGAACGUUUCUAAGGAAACCAGCUAUACCCUUUUAUUUAUGUACGUAUUACAUACUAAGGCUUUUCGUUUUCUACGACUUCUCGCAAUGUAAACAAUUUUUCAGUCACUAUACCACCUAAAACCAAAUUAACAUUGGAAAAAACACUAUUGGAACUGGAUUUUGUGCCUAAUGCUUUGAUACAAUUUUCCUACGAAAAUGAAUUUGAA